UAUUUGUUUGAAAAAAAAUCCGAGUCAAUUAGGAAGCAAAAUGAGUGUUGUUGGCUGAGUGGAAUGGAUCGAAAGGAUAGGAGGACGCGACGAGAAGGUGAAAAAUGUACAGUGGGGUGUCUGAGAAAUAGAGGUACGGUCCUGAAUAAGGGGGCCCAAGGAAGAAGGGGACGAACGCAGGUAAGCAGCUGCAAGUAUCUGCAGGGGCAACAGCAGCCGCGUGCUUAAAUUAGUCCCGGCACAACUGUCGUUCGUGUAACACGUCAAGAGACAUCGUUCUGUGCUGUUAAAGAAUCACGAAUCACGAAUCGCGAACCGAUACACGAGUAUUGUAAUUGUAACAGAAAGAAUCUGUAUUUUUGUCUAAUUUCGUCUUCUAGAUAACUGUUGUGAAACAUUUAUACGAUAGAAUCGAUAGGAUAAAUGAAUUGAAAACCAUGAUACAGGUAGACGUUUAAAGAAGAUCAUUGAACCAGAUCGUUGGACUUUUAGUUGAGAUAUACGAACGAAUAACGAACGAUGAAUCAGAAAGUGAAUGUUAAUAAUUAAAAGAAGCUUGUGUAAAAAGGGCUUGAAGAACGUUAAAUUAAGUAGUAAAUAAACGGUUACUGAUCGUAUGAAGGUUGAAGAAGAAAGAAACGGUGGAGAAGAAAAAGAAAAAGUAGAAGAUGCUGAUAUUGAAGCUGUUGGUGGUAUCGAGCGUUUGCUGGAUGGCCAGGUGCGACCUGUUGGACCUGUACGUGCAGCACAUGGACGAAACGAUGAGGACUAUGGCGUACAGCAGGAGCAGACAUCAUCCAAAAGACAUUUCGUCCAGGAUAAAGAGAAGUUUCCGCGAUGAACCGGUGCUCAGAGUUGGCACGUUCAAGAAACAACGUUUGGACGUUGACAAAGAGUGGUACGCACAGUGGAAAGCGAAAAGAAAGAUUCAUUACAAGAACGAUGCUUUGGACUUUGUAAAUUCUAAAGAGGAGAACCUCGAGCCGGAUCAACACGAAUUGUUGAAGAACCAAAGUGAAACUGUAGGAAAAGAGUGUGAAGAAACUACGACGAUUACCAGCAGGUUGGAAAAGAAGGAGACAUUUUCAGACGUGUUCGAUAUCGAGUUUUCAAACGAAGAAUCCUCGACGUUAAACGACACGAAUGAUUCGUUUCCCAAACGAAUUAACGAUGAAAACGAUGAUGAUUCAGCGGUCGAGAUUGGAUUCAGCGAUCGAGAAGAGAUGGUAAUUGAAAUGGAAACGGAGGAAACUGAUUCAGAGAAUCAGUUUGAGAUGAUCAAGAACCAGUCUGACCGAAAUCUCUUCGAUGAUCCUAUAUUGAAGAGAAGGCCAAAAUCGCGAGAUAGAGUACCAAAAAAGUAUAUCCCAUCUACGGAGAAGCUAGCCAAGGUUGUUCGUGGCUGCAAGUAUAUGGAGUGCACCGAGGAUAAGCUGGACAAUAGAGAGAAAAGAAGCAUCAAGGAGCCAAAGUUCACGAGACACGAGAUACUGGAUGACAAUGGCGAGGUUAUCCUCGAGUGGGAUCCUUCUGACGAGAAAAUGGUCACGUUCAAGGUCACCGCAAAGACCUUGGGCUACGUUAGUAUCGGCUUCAACGAGAAGAAUCACAUGAAAGGAGCUGAUAUCCUGCUUGCUUGGGUGGAUGAUCAGACAGGCACCGUCAAUCUGCUGGACUCGCACGGAAUCGAGGAUACGGACACCGCGUUGGUUACAGACGCGUCUCAAGACGUCAAAGUGAUAGGAGGCUCGCAAAACGAGACGCACACAAGCGUAAUCUUCUCGAGAAACUGGCAGACAUGCGAUCCUCAGGAUCAUCGGCUUACGGGUGAUACCAUUCGAGUCCUAUGGGCGCUUCAUCGAAGCGAUCCCGAGUUAAACACUGCGAUUUGGCCAGGUGACAAACGCGGUGGUCGAGCUUUGCGUCUGAAAACUGCCGCUCCGCACUCACCGCCGCAACACACGCAAGACAUCAGACACUGGGAUGUAAAACUGAAUCAACCCCCGGUUUCAGACAACACCGACACCACCUACUGGUGCAAGAUCUUCAAAGCGCCUCAUAAGGAGAAGCAUCACAUGAUCGGGUAUACACCUUUGGUGGAAAAAGAGAACGAGGAUCUGGUUCAUCAUAUAAUAUUGUACGAAUGUGCCUCGACCUUACCGAUUCUUGGACGACACGCGAGGAUCGUUGGUGCACCUUGUUACAGUCCUACGAUGCCUCGAGAAUGGGAAUCUUGUUUGCAGCCGGUCCUUGCUUGGGCUCGUGGCAGUACAGGCGAGUGGCUUCCAGAGCACGUUGGUAUUCCGAUCGCAGAACAUCCAGAAGGCUCUUAUUACAUGUUGGAAGUACAUUAUAAUAAUCCAGCGAUGAAAAAAGUGGUGGACAGUAGCGGAGUACGACUUCAUUUAACUGCGAAACUUCGAGAACAAGAAGCAGGAAUUCUCGUGGCUGGUGUAGCAGUGAGUCCUUUGCAUCUGAUACCUCCGAAACAAAAGGAAUAUGCCACGGCGGGAUACUGUACUCCUCACUGUACGAACACGAUGUUCCCUGAAACCGGUGUAAACAUUGUUUCGGUAGCAUUGCACUCUCACCUAGCCGGUCGUCGGCUCAGUUUGAAGCACAUUCGUCAAGGCAAAGAGUUGCCUAGAAUAGUCCAAGACAACCAUUUUGAUUUCGAAUAUCAACAAUCUCACACACUGGAGAAAGAAGUUAAGGUUCUUCCUGGUGACGAAUUGGUGGCUGAAUGUGUAUACGGCACACUAGACAGGACGAAACCAACGUUGGGAGGGUACGCUGCGUCUCAGGAAAUGUGUUUAGCCUUCGUGGUGCAUUAUCCGAGAACACCACUUGCCGCUUGCUACAGUAUGACACCGGUCAAAGAUCUUUUCAAAACUCUUGGCGUUUACAGCUUCAGGGGUGUCACUAUGGAUCACUUGGAGAAGCUCUUCUUAACCACUAGUACCGUAAUAUUUAGAACGGAUGCUGUUACGAUACCUUCGACGGGAACGCAACAGCUUCCUGUUUAUCCAGCCACUAGACCGAGCGAGGAAAUCGACGAGGAUCUUAUUGAAGAAGCAAAGUCAGCGCUAAAGGCAAUGAGAGAUUACACGGCGGAAGAAGAUAACGAUAAUGUAUUUUCUCGAUUGAUCAUUGAGAAACCUGACGAAUUCAGAGGUCGAACGUUAGCGGAACACAUGUUGGCAUUACCCUGGACAGAGGAACUUCUUGCAAGAUCUAUCGAAUGGAGCCUAUACCAUGGUAGACACAUGACUUUCUGUAGGAAAAGGGACGAUAAACUUGCCCUGCCAGCAGAUAUCCAAAUGUUUCCAAACUAUACAGCACUGCCAGAAUUGAACGAAACAACGUGCAGUGAAAUUGGCACAUCAUCCGCUACAUCGACAAAUUCCUACUCCAAGUUUAUCGGCUUUUUCACGAUCUUCCUCGCAACCAUCAUCGUUUCGUCAAGUCUCACCAGACAGACUUUCACCCUAUCGGGACAACACCUUGUACAUUAAUCCUUCUCGCUUAGCGUGGCUGUUCGAAACAGGCUGAAAAUGAGCGACAAUAUUCAAUUCAUGACCGGAGAUGGCAAAAUUUUCGAAAAAUUUUCACGGUCCAAACACGAUUUAUACAUAUAUAUAGAUAUUAUAAUAUAUAUGUAAUGUAAUGUAAUGUAAUGUAAUGUAAAUAUACGAUUAACAUAGUAUUUAUAAGAUUCAUGCGCUACAAGCC